UGCAGUAAACGUCAGUCGUCGAAAAGCACCUUUCACGAUUUGUUAAAAACGCGGCCAGCUGCGUGGUAAAAUUCCACAGCUUAGAAAAGCAGGAAAAUACCUGUGAAAUAUAGGUUUUCGUGUAGGACUAGCAAGAAAACUAAAGUGAACCAGUGAAACACCAGCUUUUAACAUGUCUCGUUAUAUGCAAAGACCGGAAAAUGCCCUGAAAAGGGCAAAUGAAUUUAUCGAAGUUGGGAAGCCGGCCCGGGCUUUAGAUACCCUGCAGGAGGUUUUUCGCAUAAAAAAAUGGACGUACACCUGGUCGGAAUCCGUGAUUGAACCAAUCAUGUUUAAGUAUCUGGACUUGUGUGUAGAACUAAAAAAAUCCCAUAUCGCCAAGGAGGGUCUCUUCCAAUAUCGGAAUAUGUUCCAGCUGGUGAAUGUAGGUUCACUUGAGAACGUUAUACGAGGCUAUUUGAAGAUGGCCGAGGAGCGAACGGAAGCUGCCCAGCAGCAGUCGUCGCAAGCGAUUUUAGAAAUUGACGACGAUUUAGAUAAUUUGGCUACACCAGAGUCUAUUCUAAUGAGUGCAGUGUGCGGCGAAGAUGCCCAAGACCGUUCGGAUCGAACGAUUCUGCUUCCGUGGGUUAAGUUUCUCUGGGAAAGCUACUGUCAGUGUUUGGAGCUACUGAAAGUGAAUUCGCAUUGUGAGAAUCUGUACCAUGAUAUUGCGAAGAUGGCUUUCCAGUUUUGUCUCAAAUACAACCGCAAGAUGGAAUUCCGUAAACUAUGUGAGAAACUGCGCAAGCAUCUGGAAGAUAUUUGCAAGGUCAGCUCGCAAACGGCGAAUGUUAGUAUUUCCAAACCGGAAACUCAACAACUGAACCUGGACACUCGUUUGCAUCAGCUGGAUUGUGCUAUUCAGAUGGAAUUGUGGCUUGAAGCGUACAAAGCUAUUGAGGACAUACAUGGUUUGAUGACGCUUUCAAAGAAAACUCCUAUGCCGAAAACAAUGGCCUUGUAUUACCAAAAACUUGCGAUGGUUUUUUGGAAGGCUGGAAACCAAUUGUUCCAUGCUGCAGCUUUACUAAAAUUGUUUCAGCUAUCUAGGGACAUGAAAAAAAAUGUAACUCAAGAGGAAAUACAGCGCAUGACGUCUCAUGUUCUAAUUGCUACAUUGGCAAUCCCCCUUCCGUCAGCUCAUCCCGAAUUUGAUCGGUUCAUUGAAACCGACAAAAGCCCAUUGGAGAAAGCACAAAAGUUGGCGGUUCUGCUCGGUCUCCAGCAGCCACCGUCUCGAGUUUCAUUGCUGAAAGAGCUGGUUCGUUUAAAUGUUCUGCAAUUAGCCGCUCCACAAUUUCAAAACUUGCAUCGUUGGCUAGAAGUAGAGUUUGAUCCUCUGAAUUUGUGUUCACAUGUUCAAGGCGUAAUCGACGAAAUUACCGCAGACGAAAACAGUCCUUAUACGCAAUACACGCAAGCACUGCAGGAUGUAACAUUAGUUCGUUUGGUGCGCCAAGUUUCGCAGGUUUAUCAAUCGAUCGAAUUUUCUCGCUUUUUAGCAUUAGCCAAGUUUGCCAACAGUUUCUAUCUGGAACGCAUUUUGGUUGACUGUGUACGCCACAAUGACAUGCAGAUUACGAUUGAUCACCGCAAUCACAGUGUUCAUUUUGGAACCGAUUUGAGCGAAAGUCAACGCGAAGAUCAUCCGGAUGGGCCAACUUUACAAUCAAUGCCAUCUGAGCAGGUUCGAUCGCAGCUCGUUAACAUGUCGGUGGUAUUGCACCGCGCCAUCGCUGCUAUAAAUCCCAAUCGAAAGAAAUCUGAACGGGAACGAUUACGAACACUGAUGGUCAAAAACUAUGAAGAAAACAUGGUCAAAGAACAUCAGCGUAUUCUGCAGCGCCAGAAGAAAAUCGAAGACCGCAAGGAAUACAUCGAGCGUGUCAAUUUGGAACGUGAACAAGAGGAGCAGCGCCAGCAGGAGCAAGCCGCCCUUCAACUGAAACUGGCUGAAAUGCAUCGCCUGGAGCAAGAAAAUGCAGAGCGCGAAAGAAAACGCCAGGAAAAUGAAAUCCAAAUGAUCAAAGAACGAAACAUGAAGGAUAAGAUUGACAAAAUUAAACAAACGGCUACCGGACAGAAGAUGCUCAAAAAAUACGACGAAGAGGAUAUUAAGAAAAUGAAUGCAGAAGAAAUUGCGGCUCGCGAGAUGGAGGAACGCCAGAAGGAACGCAAGGCGCAUGACAACAACCUCAAGUCACAGGAAAAGAAAAUCGAUUACUUUGAGCGGGCCAAGCGUCUGGAGGAAAUUCCGCUGAUCGAGAAAUACUUGGAGACCAAGCUAGUCCAGGAUAAGGAAUUCUGGGAAAAGCAGGAAGCUUCCCGCAUCGAAGCGGCCGUUGCCGAGCGAAAGAAUGCCGAAGCCGUACAGGAGCGGCUGAAGCGCAUGCAACCGGAUCGAGAAGUAUUCUGGCAAAAGCUUAAGGGUGAACGAAGCAAUUUGUACGCCGAAAAGUUGAAGGUAUUCAAUGCCGAACUGGAAGAAGAAAGGAAACUACAUCUGGCGGAGCGAGUAUUACGACGUCGUGAAGAACGCCGUCAGCAAUGGCUUAAGGAGAAAGAAGAAGAACGUCGGAGAGUGGAGGAAGAGCUUCGCAAACAGAAGGAAGAAGAGGAACGUCUGCUGAAAAAGAAACGCGAAGAGGAACGUGAAGCCGAUAGAGAACGGGAGCGUUUGCAGUUCGAAAAGCAACGUGCCAAAGACGAAGAGGUGGAAAAAAAAUUGGCUGAAGAGCGCAAUCAUUUGGCAUCGCUGCGCGAAAGAGAUUCGUGGAGAGAUAGAAAAGGUGGCCAACCUUCAGCAACGCCCGCAACGGCUACUGCAUCAACGACCUCAGCCGGCACAGCUUCCGAUACAAAACAAGACUCAGAUUGGAGGUUGUCUGGUGCUAAAGAACCACGGGAUGAAGCAGCCAAGAAGGAUCUAUUUCAACCUAGUUUUCAACUAAGAGGUCGUGGUACUGGAGCUCGUGGGGCAGGAGAAGAUCAAGAAAAAUGGCGCCGCAACGACGAAGCUAAGGAAGAUCGUUAUGUACCACGUCGCGGUGGCGAUGACCGCGGUCCGAUUCGGCGUGGCGGUGAUGAUCGAGAUGAUCGUGGUUCUAAUAGACGGGGAGAUCGGCCACGCGAUGGUGAGCGAGGCAUUGGACAAGGCCGUCGUGAAGGCGAUCGACGAGACUUUGGAAAUCGCUUAGGACCGAGACGCGACGGUGAUCGUGGUGGUGAUCGUGGUGGUGAGCGAGACUCGUGGCGUAGAGGUCCUCACGAUGAGCAACGACGGGGUGGUGAUGAUUGGAGAGGCGGAUCUCGUCAGGACCAGGCCAAAACAAAGGAGGAUCGUCGGGAAGAGCGACCGAAAGAAUCAUCUCGCAAUACUGGUGCAGAUGACGACGGAUGGCAAAAUGUCAAGCAUCGCUAACAUCGCAUCGCACGACAAUUUACAUCAAUUAUUGUCCGAUCAAAUAAAUCUUAAAACCCUAAAUCUUUUUUUUGGGAAUAUUUUUUAGCUUAGAUUUUGGAAGAUAACAGGAUACAGGAAGAUUAGGCCGGUAAGUAUGUUGCUUUCUUCCAUAUUUCUACUGCACUUUCGAUGUAGCUGAAAAGUAACCGAGUGUUUUGGCUUAACUUAAAAGAAACUAUGAUGCACGAGACAGGCACAGACAUUAAAACUCAAAUAGCAAAACAUAUAUAUUAUACCUACACAUCUUUUUAUGGAUAAUAUUAUCCAAGUAUUUGACUGCUUUCAAAAGGUUCAUUUUAUAUCCAAUAUAAUACAGCAGGUUUAGUUUAUAGGAUUCUGGCAUAUAAAUAAAAUUAUUCUGUCACAAUAAAGUUAGCAUGUGUACCCAAC